UUUGUCCAGCGGCUGCAGUCCGUAACUGAAACUGAAACUGAAAUGGCCACUAAUUUGUUACUGCUGCUGCUGGUGCCCCUUCUCCUGGUUACAGUCUCCAUACCAGGACCGAGUGCGGCCCUGGAGUGCUACGCCUGCGACUCCGCCGAGGAUGCAGAGUGCGCCACGCGGCCUGGCCAGCAGCUGGAAGUGGAGGAGUGCUCGGCGCCUGGGGACGAAUGCGUCACCUCGAUAUCGGCGGGCCUUACGCGACGCGGCUGCCUGGGGCGUUUGUAUCCGAAUGGAUACUGUGCCGCACCGUGCGACAGAUGCAACACGAGCCUGUGCAACCGGCAUGUCUAUCCCGCAGAUCGCCUAAGGUGCUACCAGUGCAGCGGAGCUGACUGUAUCGAUGUGACGAGCAGGCCGCAGUUGCUGCUGCCCUGCCCAAUUUACCGGGAGGACGACAGGUGCUACACCAACGUGGUUCAUCUGUCCAACACGCUGCGGGGCUGCGAGCACACGAAUCUGCCGGAAACCUGUCCGCAUGUCUGCCUCAAGUGCAACUACAAUGGCUGCAACGCAGAGAAGACCGUCACGGAGACGCGCUGCCUUCAGUGCACCCACAAUCGACUGGCACCCAAUCCAGAUUGUCUGAGGAACCAAGACCCCGCUGUAGAGCACCCCGAUCAGCCCAAGUGCUCGCUGAGCAACACUACGGUGACGCACUGUGCCAACAAGGUGAUGUACGGCCACCGUGAGAACUGCUACACACACCGAAACACCCAAACAGAGGUUCUGCAGCGUGGCUGCUCCACAACCAUGGGCUUCUUUCCCACCGGCGAGCUGAGCGAGUGCCACGGGGAGUUCUGUAAUGCCAACUGCCAGGACAUUGCUUGUGCCGUGUGCAAUUCCACGGCGGAUCCCGGGUGUCGGGCGGGUCGCAAUCUGCCCACGGCUAAGUGUGCUGCCGGCACUACAUCCUGUUACUCUUGCGAACAAGAUACCUUCCUGCGACGUGGCUGUGCGGAUGAAGAUUUCGCCCCUUCCCCCAUGGGCGAAAGCUGCCAGCUGUGCCGCGAUGGCGACUCCUGCAACCGCUUCUCCGUGCGCACCUGCUAUCGCUGCACUGCCCAGGAUCAAGACAAGGAGGACUGUGCGGCCAUGGAGCUGCCCACACUGAUGACAACUAGCAACUGUUCCGGACCGGCUGAGUUAUGCGUUAGCACGGUAGUCAGUCGACUGGAUGGCAUCUACACGCUGCGCGGAUGCGCCGGAGAAGUACCGGAGUGCUCGGCCAACGAUCCGUACUGUGUCCGUUGCAACGGAAGCCUGUGCAACGACGCUCCCACGUUAUGGCGUCAAAAGCAGCUGGAUCGGACGGACACGGACCUGGACCUGGCUCUGUCGAACAAUGGCUGGUGGUCAAUCGUCCAAUACUGGUGGUCCAGGAGGCUUCGAUAACACGUUAUUACUGGAUCCCAUGGAUGUGUACAACAGCUGAUAAGUGAGUCACGGACGGAUGUUUAAGGAGAACGCCCCCGCAACGCCAAACAAAAACAAUAUUCGGAUAACGAGUGGCUUAUAAAUAGCAACAAUGGCUAUAAAAAUACGAUUAAACUGUAUCGCAUUGGGUUAUUGUGAGGAGAUAUUAACCAAUUGGUUUCUUAUAACUACAAAAAUCUACAUACAAGUUUUUAGAAUGUCUUGUACGGUACGGAGAACGAAAAACACACAUUAAACAAAAUAAAUAAGUAAAA